AUGGCGCCAUUGCUGCGUCCUGCAAUGUUGGAACAUAUACCAAACAGCUUAAUUUCGUGGCUCCAUAUAUAUUUGAUUUAUUGUGUUUCCUUUUUGGUAUAUGAAAUGGAGCUCCAGCUUGGCCUGGCCCUUCCAGUUCAUCACAGCAAUCCAGUAAAGGGUUUCGACCUAAAUCAUGAGUUUAUUAAUGGAUCCAAAGAAGCGGCUCUACUCCUCAGCUCGGAGCCAUGGAGCUAUGGGGGUUGUUUGGGUACCCAAAAAUGCUUUAAAAACAAACGUACUUCCGAUGAGGCCUUUGGAAUGAUUGGAGACUUGCCACCACCAUUCCCCCUCAUGCUGUGGAAUGGCCACCCAAACGAGGACGAUGAUCGCAAAGCCCAAAAGCAUAGAACCUCUUGCACCAUUCACAAGAAAGAAUUGGAAGAAAAUCAUGUUGUGGGGUGGCCUCCCAUUAAAUCAUGGAGGAAGAAACAGCUCCAUCAGCAUCAAGGAGGGCAGCAGAUUAAGAAUGACCCAACGGCUAGGAGAACUGGUGGAUCAAACUCAUUAUAUGUGAAGGUCAAGAUGGAGGGGGAGGCAAUAGCAAGAAAGAUUGAUCUAAGGCUCUAUCACUCCUAUCAGACGCUCACCAACACCUUGAUCAGCAUGUUUGCUAAAUACCCAAAAAUGGAUAAAGAUGGUGCAACCUAUACACUCACCUAUCAAGAUGAUGAAGGCGAUUGGCUGCUUGCAGGAGAUGUUCCUUGGCAAACUUUCAUUGAGUCAGUGAAGCGUUUGGAGAUACUAAGGACUGGGGGUUGAGGUGGAUAAUAAUAAUAUUGCUAUUGUGGAUUUGAUUUUUCUUAAUUAUGUAAUAGUUUAGCAAAAGCAUAUUAUGGAGAUGUUGUAAUAAUUAAGUGAUUGCUAAAAAAUAUAUAUAUAUAGCUUCUGCUAUAUAUCCAGCAGAAAAGAAAAGGAAAAUGGAGAGACGAAGCACAAUUGCUUGUUUAUCAGCCAUUUGUAUUAAUUGCUUGGAUUUUAAGUAACCAAAAGAAAAACUAUAUGUGAUGUUGAA